CGGACUCAGGUGCACAGAACCAAACUGGCGGCGCUCUUAGGAUGCAGAAGUCACCGGUGGAAGAUGCCAACUUCCUCUCCAGAUAUUUCUUCUGGUGGACGACGCCGCUGCUGAGGAAGGGCUUCAGGAAGAAGUUGGAGCUGACGGAUGUGUACAAGGCUCCUUCCUUCGAUCUGGCAGACAACCUCUCCGAGAGACUCGAGAGAGAAUGGGACAGAGAGGUGGUGUCGGACAAGAAGAAGCCGCGGCUGAUGAACGCGCUGGCCCGCUGCUUCCUCGGCCCCUUCGCCUUCUUCGGCGUCCUCCUCUACCUCGGGGAGGCCUCCAAGGCGGUGCAGCCUCAGCUUCUGGGCCGCAUCAUCGCCUCCUUCGACCCGUUCCACGGUCCGGAGCGCGAGCAGGGCUACUUCCUGGCCCUGGGCCUCUGCCUCCUCUUCACCGCCCGCUUCCUGCUUCUGCAGCCCGCCAUCUUCGGCCUGCACCACCUGGGCAUGCAGAUCCGCAUCGCCCUCUUCAGUCUCAUUUACAAGAAGACCCUGAAGCUGUCCAGCCGAGUCUUGGAUAAGAUCAGCACCGGUCAGCUGGUCAGUCUGAUGUCGGCUCACCUCAACAAGCUGGAUGAGAGCCUGGGCCUGGCCCACUUCAUCUGGAUCACCCCCCUGCAGUGCAUUCUGUGCGUGGGUCUCAUCUGGGAGCUGAUCGAAGUGAACGGCUUCUGCGCGCUGGCGGCGCUCACCCUGCUGGGCAUCAUCCAGGCCUGGCUCUCCCAGAAGAUGGGACCUCACCGCGCAAAGCGAGGAGGCAUGAUCAGCCGCCGCCUGGCUCUCACCUCGGAGAUCAUGGAGAACAUCCACUCUGUGAAGGCGUACGGCUGGGAGGAGGUGAUGGAGACCAUCAUCAAGAACAUCAGGCAGGAGGAGAUGACGCUGACGAGGAAGAUCGGCUCGCUGCGUUACUUCUACAGCGCCUCCUACUUCUUCUCCGCCAUCUUGGUCAUCGUGUCCGCCAUCGUGCCGCACGCCAUCAGCAAGGGCAUCAUCCUGCGCCGCAUCUUCACCACCGCCUCCUACUGCAUGGUGCUGCGCAUGACGCUGACCCGCCAGCUGCCGGGUUCCAUCCAGAUGUGGUACGACACGCUGGCGCUGGUCAAGAAGAUCGAGGAGUUCUUGAUGACGGAGGAGUACAGAGUUCUGGAGUACAACCUGACCACCUCCGACCUGGAGCUGGUCAACGUCUCUGCAUCCUGGGACGAGGGCAUCGGUGAGCUCUUUGAGAAGAUCAAGCAGGAGAACAAGGCCAACGGACACCUGAGCGGCGACGCGGGCCUCUUCUUCACCAACCUCUACGUCACGCCCGUCCUCAAGAACAUCAGCCUCUACCUGGAGAAGGGCAAGAUGCUGGCGGUGGCCGGCUCCACAGGCUCGGGGAAAAGUUCCCUGCUCAUGAUGAUCCUCGGAGAGUUGGUGCCGUCGGAGGGGAAGAUCAGACACAGCGGGCGCAUCUCCUUCUCGCCGCAGACCUCCUGGAUCAUGCCGGGGACCAUCCGGGACAACAUCCUGUUCGGCCUGACCUACGACGAGUUCCGCUACACCUCCGUCAUCAAGGCCUGCCAGCUGGAGGAGGACUUCGGGCUGCUGCCCGACAAAGACAAAACGCUUCUCCUGGAGGGGGGGGUGACCCUCAGCGGGGGUCAGCGGGCUCGCCUCGGCCUGGCCAGGGCCGUGUACAAAGAUGCAGACCUCUACCUGCUGGAUGCACCCUUCACCCACCUGGACAUCGUGACGGAGAAGGAGAUCUUUGAGAAGUGCGUCUGUAAGCUAAUGGCGUCCAAGGCGCGCAUCGUGGUCACCAGCAAGCUGGAGCACCUGAAGCGAGCCGACCGGAUCCUCCUGCUGCACAACGGCGACUGCUUCUUCUACGGAACCUUCUCGGAGCUGCAGGCCAAGCGGCCCGACUUCAGCUCGCUGCUCCUCGGCAUGGAGACCUACGACAACUUCAACGCCGAGCGCCGCAGCUCCAUCCUCACCGAGACGCUGCGCCGGGUGUCCGUGGACGAGGGCGCCGGCCUGCGGGGCCCGGACGCCGUGCGCCAGUCCUUCCGCCAGCAGCCGCCUCCCGGCCCCCAGGGCCUCGCCGGAGGCGACGGCCACCCGGAGAAACGCAAGCAGUCGCUGAUCCUCAGCCCGCUGGCGGCCGCGCGCAAGUUCUCCUUCAUCGGGGGCGCCCAGCAGAGCGCCGGCGCCCCCCAGUCCGCCGCCAUCGAGGACGGCGUCCAGGAGCUCUCCGAGCGGAAGUUCUCGGUGGUGCCCGAGGACGACCAGGUGGAGGAGGUGCUGCCCAGGGGGAACCUGUACCACAAUGGGCUGCAGCACCUCAACGGCCAGCGGCGCCAGUCGGUCCUGGCGUUCAUCACCAAGACUCCGGGCCAGGAGCGCCGGGAGCAGAUCCAGUCGUCCUUCAGGAAGAAGCUGUCCCUCACGCCGCAGUGCGACCUGGUGUCCGAGCUGGACAUCUACGCCCGCCGCCUGUCCAAGGACAGCGUCUAUGACAUCAGCGAGGACGUGGACGAGGCCGACAUGGAGCAAUGCUUCGCAGACGAACGUGAGAACAUCUUUGAAACUACCUCAUGGAGCACAUACCUGCGCUACAUCACCACCAACAGGAGCUUAGUCUACGUCUUAAUCUUCAUUCUUCUCGUCUUCUUCGUUGAGGUCGCUGGUUCAGUCAUUGGCAUUUUCCUCAUCACUGACGAGGUCUGGAGGAACGAAGUCAACCCGUCGUCGCCCAACUUCAUCGACACGCAGAACCCCAACUCCUCGUCGCCGCCCCUCCGCCCGGGGAUCAUCGUCACGCCGACCAGCGCCUACUACAUCAUCUACAUCUACGUGGCCACGUCGGAGAGCGUGCUGGCGCUGGGCUUCUUCAGGGGCCUCCCGCUGGUGCACACGCUGCUCACCGUGUCCAAGAGGCUGCACGAGCAGAUGCUCAGCGCUGUGCUCAGGGCCCCCAUGGGGGUGCUCAACACCAUGAAGACGGGGCGCAUCAUGAACAGGUUCACCAAGGACAUGGCCACCAUAGACGACAUGCUGCCGCUGGUGCUCUUUGACCUCAUUCAGCUCACGUUGAUCGUAACGGGCGCCAUCUUCACCGUGUCCAUCAUCCGGCCCUACAUCUUCAUCGCCGCCAUCCCGCUGGCCGUCGUCUUCGUCAUCCUCAGAAAGUACUUCUUACGAACUGGACAACAGCUCAAGCUGCUGGAGGCUGAAGCUCGCAGCCCCAUCUUCUCCCACCUCAUCAUCUCGCUGAAGGGCCUUUGGACCAUCCGGGCCUUCGGCCGGCAGACCUACUUCGAGACGCUGUUCCACAAGGCGCUGAACACGCACACGGCCACGUGGUUCAACUACCUGUCCACGCUGCGCUGGUUCCUCUUCCGCUGCGACAUGAUCUUCGUCCUCUUCUUCACGGCCGCCGCCUUCAUCGCCGUGGGAACCAACCAGGACAAACCAGGGGAGGUGGGCAUCAUCGUGGCCCUGGCCAUGCUCAUCCUGGGGACAUUCCAAUGGGCCGUCAUCACCAGCAUCACAGUGGACGGGCUGAUGCGCUCCGUGGACCGCGUGUUCAAGUUCAUCGACCUGCCGGCGGAGGAGCCGCUGCCGGAGACGAGGUCCGGCGGCAAAGGGGCGCCGGACCUCGUCAUCGACAACCCCCACGCCCGCGGCUGCUGGCCCAACCGCGGCCACAUGGACGUGCAGGGCCUCACCGUCAAGUACACGGAGGCCGGGCGCUCGGUGCUCAGCGACGUCUCCUUCUCCGUGGAGGGGGGGCACAGCGUGGGCCUGCUGGGUCGGACCGGCUCGGGGAAGAGCACCCUGCUCUCCGCUCUGCUGCGCCUCGCCUCCACCGACGGGGACAUCUCCAUCGACGGCGUCUCCUGGAGCUCCGUCCCCCUGCACACGUGGAGGAAGGCCUUCGGCGUGGUGCCGCAGAGAGUUUUUAUUCUGACCGGAACCUUCCGGAUGAACCUGGACCCGCACGAAGGACACAGCGACGAGGAGCUGUGGAGGGUCGCUGAGGAGGUGGGCUUGAGGUCGGUGAUAGAACAGUUCCCAGACAAGUUGGACUUCCAGCUGGAGGACGGAGGCAACGUUCUGAGCAACGGACACAAGCAGCUGCUGUGUCUCGCCCGAUCGAUCCUCAGCAAGGCCCGGAUCCUGCUGCUGGACGAGCCCUCGGCCUACCUGGACCCCAUAACCCUGCAGGUCCUGAGGAAGACGCUGAAGCACGCGUUCUCGGGCUGCACCGUCAUCCUGUCGGAGCACCGGGUGGAGCCGCUGCUGGAGUGUCAGUCCUUCCUGAUGAUCGAGGGCAGCUCCAUGAAGAGCUACGACUCCAUCCAGAAGCUGCUGAACGAGACGAGUCACCUAAAACAGGCCAUGAGCCCCGCCGACAGGCUCCGCCUCUUCCCACCGCUCCACCGCCUCAACUCCAGCAAGAGGGCGCCGCCGCAGACCGCCAAGAUCUCCUCGCUGCCGGAGGAGGCCGAGGACGAGGUCCACGACACGCGCCUCUAACUGGCCACACACACACACACACACACACACACACACACACAGCGUCUCUGUGAGACACUGAAACCCUCCCUGACAUUAUUUCAUCAAACAGAAAGAGCUCAAUUUGCACGGAAUCAUUAGGACUUAAACUGAUUUGAUCCACACACACACACACACACACACACACACAUUCAUUGACAGUGAAUUCAGGCUCAUUUGAUUGGGGAAAAAGAAGUGUGUGACAGAAGUGUUUGUGUCCGACGUGACGCUGAGACAAACACGGUAAUAACUCUCCCCUCGACUCAGAAAGGGCCUCGCAGGUCGUCGUUGUUGUUGUUGUUGUUUAUUCUUACUCCAGAAAUCGUUUGCUUUGAAAAAGCAGGAAUUGUGAUGUUUUUUAUCAGCUUUUUCUUGGUCGGAAUGAAGGGUCUUUUACUUUAUAAGAAAAUGCUUUUGUUCUGAGCAACCUGAUGCUUCUUCAGUAUCUUUGGACUGAAGGCGGAGCAUGAAUGCAUCACCAGCAGUAGGAGACUCCCUGAAUGCACCGCGUUUCUCUCCUGUAGGAUCAAUAAGUGGGACUAUGAGCUCGUCAGGUGCUAUGAGGACGUGAGUAGCAGGUUCUCCUCUGGUGCCAUAGAAGUCUAUGUGACAAUGACUCUACUUCCCUCUAGUGGCCACCAGGGGGCGACUCCACUGGUGCCAUAGAAGUCUAUGUGACAAUGACUCUACUUCCCUCUAGUGGCCACCAGGGGGCGACUCCACUGGUGCCAUAGAAGUCUAUGUGACAAUGACAAUCUGUUUGCACUUUAGAGGCAACGACCUUCUUGAGUGACAUCACUUUUUUCUUUCACCUUUAAUUCUUCUGCCUGUUACUUGAUGAAGUAUCGAGGAAAAAAAAGUACAUUUUCUAUUUGAAAUAUAUAUUUUUUCAAAGCUGUACAACUGCCUGAAAUUAUAAAUACUGUAGUUCUAUUUUUGCUUUCUCAUAAAACGGUGUAAUAGUUUAAGAAGAUCAAAAGGUACCACAAGGCCUUCACAAGUGAACUUUUUUUACAGAGUAAAUUAAGAACCUGUUUGUUGCUCAUAGGAACCGGACCCAGAUGUCCAGAAACAUGUAGAAAUGGGUUUUGUUGGAUCACUUAUAUUUACAGUAAAACUAUAAAGAUUUUGAGUAAGUUGUCGUUUUUGUGUCGUUUGAUGUAAACCUACAAAAUCUUUUAAAACAAAGUCACAACACAGAUUAUAAGCUGUAUUCUAAUAUAUUUAUUAAAUAUUACAUUUCUUUACCCACAAAAUGAAACUUUCUAUAUUUAGGAUUCAUUAAGUAAAUGCAAGUCUGCUUCCUGAAAUGUACAAAAUGUUGCAAACCCACUUCAAACAUUUAAGAUCCGA